AGGAUAUUCAACUCCUUUGUGUACACAGAGAAGAUAUCCAAUGGAGAAAGUGAAGUUCAACAGUUGGCCAAAAAAAUUCGGGAGAAAUUUAACCGUUACUUGGAUGUUGUGAAUCGGAACAAGCAAGUGGUGGAAGCAUCAUACACUGCUCACCUCACAUCACCCUUGACUGCAAUCCAGGACUGCUGUACUAUUCCCCCAUCUAUGAUGGAAUUUGAUGGGAAUUUUAACACCAACGUUUCUCGAACUAUCAGCUGUGAUAGACUGUCUACCACUGUCAACAGCAGGGCCUUCAAUCCUGGACGUGACUUAAAUUCUGUUCUUGCUGAUAACCUGAAGUCUAACCCAGGAAUUAAGUGGCAGUAUUUCAGCUCAGAAGAAGGCAUUUUCACUGUCUUCCCAGCCCACAAGUUCCGGUGCAAAGGCAGCUAUGAACAUCGCAGCAGGCCUGUCUAUGUUUCCACCGUUCGACCUCAGUCCAAGCACAUUGUUGUCAUUGUGGACCAUGGGGCUUCAGUCACGGAGACGCAGCUUCAGAUUGCCAAAGAUGCAGCUCAGGUUAUCCUGAGCUCUAUAGAUGAACACGAUAAGAUCUCCGUGUUAACCGUGGCAGACACAGUAAGAACCUGCUCGCUGGAUCAGUGCUAUAAGACCUUCCUGUCUCCUGCCACUAGCGAGACAAAAAGGAAGAUGUCCACCUUCGUUAGCAGUAUAAAGUCAUCUGACAGCUCCACGCAGCAUGCGCUGGGAUUUCAAAAGGCUUUCCAGUUGAUACGCAAUACAAACAAUGGCACAAAACUCCAAGGAAAUACUGAUAUGGUGAUAAUUUAUCUCUCGGCUGGGAUUACAUCAAAAGAUUCCUCAGAAGAUGAUAAAAAAGCUACUCUCCGGGUCAUCAAUGAAGAGAACAGUUUCCUCAACAACUCAGUUAUGAUUCUUACUUACGCACUUAUGAAUGAGGGAGUGACAGGUUUGAAGGAACUGGCCUUUCUGCGGGACCUGGCAGAGCAGAACUCGGUGAAGUACGGGGUGCCCGACCGAACAGUGCUGCCUGUGAUCAAGGGGAGCAUGAUGGUCCUCAACCAGCUGAGUAACCUGGAAACAACAGUUGGCCGAUUCUACACAAACCUCCCCAACCGAAUGAUCGAUGAGGCAGUCUUCAGUCUGCCGUUCUCAGAUGAAAUGGGAGAUGGCCUGAUAAUGACUGUGAGUAAACCGUGUUACUUUGGCAACCUGCUGCUGGGGAUUGUUGGAGUAGAUGUUAAUCUCGCUUAUAUCUUGGAAGAUGUCACCUACUACCAAGACUCCUUGGGUUCCUACACUUUCCUCAUUGACAAUAAAGGAUACACGCUUAUGCACCCAUCCCUUACCAGGCCUUACCUGCUGUCUGAACCACCACUCCACACAGAUAUCAUCCAUUAUGAGAACAUUCCUAAAUUCGAGCUGGUGCGCCAGAACAUCCUUAGCAUUCCCUUGGGCAGCCAGAUCAUUACAGUUCCUGUGAACUCCUCACUCUCUUGGCAUGUGAACAAACUGAGGGAAAUUGGCAAAGAAGCCUACAAUGUCAGCUAUGCCUGGAAAAUGGUCCAGGACACAUCCUUUAUUCUCUGUGUGGUGGUAAUACAGCCAGAAAUACCUGUUAAGCAGCUGAAGAAUCUCAACACAGUCCCCAGCAGCAAGCUCCUGUAUCAUCGACUGGAUCUGCUGGGCCAGCCAAAUGCCUGCCUGCACUUCAAGCAGCUGGCUACCUUAGAAAGCCCCACAGUAAUGCUCUCUGCGGGCAGCUUCUCUUCUCCUUAUGAACACCUCAGCCAGCCCGAGACCAAGCGGAUGGUGGAGCAUUACACGGCGUACCUCAGUGACAACACGCGCCUCAUUGCCAAUCCUGGCCUGAAGUUCUCUGUCAGAAAUGAAGUAAUGGCUACCAGUCACGUCACAGAUGAAUGGAUGACACAAAUGGAAAUCAGCAUCCUCAACAGUUACAUUGUGCGCCGUUACAUAGCAACCCCCAAUGGGGUGCUCCGAAUUUACCCCGGUUCCCUCAUGGACAAAGCAUUUGAUCCCACCAGGAGACAAUGGUACUUGCAUGCAGUGGCUAACCCAGGACUCAUUACCUUUACCGGUCCCUACUUAGAUGUUGGAGGGGCUGGCUACGUUGUGACAAUCAGUCACACAGUCCAUUCCUCCAGGUAAAUGGUGUUCUGAGGUUUGUGC